UUUCACAUUUUACUUGCAUUUAACGAAUUCUACUCAUUUGAUUUUAUUAAGUAAGAGAAAAUAUCUUCUGAAAAAAAUGUUGACAAUACUGGCAUAUAUUGUAGUGAGUUUAUUAUCACUGCUUUUUGUUAUUUACCACUUUCUUGGAAAUAAAGAAUUAUGUCAAAAAAUAUCUCACAUCCCUGGACCAAUAGCAUUCCCACUAAUUGGGAAUGCUUAUCUUUUUAUGGGAAAUACUUCAUAUAUUUUGCAACAAAUUUCUAAACUUUGUAAUACUUAUGCCUCACCAUGCCGGUUCAUAAUUGGUUCUAAAGUAGCGGUCCUCAUUCACGAUCCAGAACACACAAAAGCAGUCUUUCUUAGUCCUAAAGCUGCUGAGAAGAUCGAAUUUUUCGAUUUUAUUAAACCUUGGUUAGGGAAUGGUUUAGUUUCAGCACCAAGGGAAGUUUGGCGUGUUCAUCGAAAAUUGAUUCAACCAGCAUUCGUUCCUGAAAUUAUGCAGUCGUUUGUUACAAUUUUUCAAAAAACUUCCAUAUCAUUAAUAGAUGAAUUAACAGGGAAAGUUAAUUCACUAGAAUUUGAAGUGUAUCCUUACCUUUCCUUCAAUGCCUUCCGUAACAUUUGUGAAAGUUCUUUAGGAAUGUCUGUAAAAACAAAAACCAAAGAGAUUGAACAAUUUUUGGAAGCGUCUGAAAGAGUAAUGGAAGUGGUAACCCAACGUUCGUUUUCUCCUUGGAUUCACUCGGAUAUCAUUUUCAAUGUGACCAACACUUCCAAAGUUUUCUACAACACCGUAAAAUAUUUGAAUAGUUUCACAACUAAUGUCAUUAAAAAGAGAAGAAUUGAUCUAAAAACUGAAUCAUUUCGAAAUCCUGAAGAGGAAAAACAGAAGAAACCUUUCUUGGAUUUAAUUUUAGAAAUGGCGGAUAGUGAAAAUAAAUUUACUGAACAGGAAAUUCGUGAACAAGUGAACACUAUUAUAGAAGGGGGAUACUUUACGGUGUCACGUGUUAAUUCGUUCACGAUGCUUAUGCUAGCUUCUCAUCCCGAAAUACAGGAUAAAGCUUACGAUGAAAUUUAUCAAAUUUAUGGUUCCAAGACUCCGGAAGAAAAUCCUGUGAAAUUUGAAGACUUAAAAAAGUUGGAAUAUCUGGAAAGAGUAAUUAAAGAAACGAUGAGACUUUUCCCUAUGGGACCCAUACUUGGUCGCAAGUUGCAGGAAGAUUUUUCUAUAGGUGGAUACACUUUACCAAAAGAUUGUGGAAUAGUGAUUGCAAUAUUAUCAAUUCACCGCAAUAAAAAAUAUUGGCCAGAACCAUUAAAGUUUGACCCCAAUAGAUUUUCACCUGAAGAAGUUGCGAAACAAACUCCAUAUACAUAUAUGCCUUUUAGUUUCGGCCCAAGAGACUGUAUAGGUCGCACAUAUGCUAUGAUGUCAAUGAAGAUUCUAAUAGCCACAUUGCUUCGAAAAUAUGUUUUAAUAAAGGAUAAUAUCACACCAACCGAAGACAUCAAAAUUAAAGUAGAAUCUGUUCUGCUUUGCCCUGUUGAACCCAUAAGUAUAAGAAUUGAAAGGAGAGUGAAAUAAUCUACUUUCGGAAGCAUUUGUAGUCUAUAUAAAAUGUAAUUAAUGAUUAUUACGUAUUAUACACAGAUAUUUUCCGAAAUACUAUUUUUCCUUUUUAAAAA